UCGCUUCCCCUACGCGCGCCGCCUCCCCACCCGGCCAUGGCGUUCGCGGCGAGGAGAAGCCUCGCCUCCCGCCUCUCCCACCACCUUACCCGCCGCCUCCACCCCGCCGCGCCCCACCUCGCCGCCUCCCACUCCAACGACGAGCCCUCGCCGCCACCCCAGCUCCCGCAAUUCCUCCGCUCUCCGCUCCCGAGCCACUCGCGGGCGGGCCAAGCGCUAGACCGCCACCGCCACCUCCUCCUCCUCCUCCCUUUCUCGCUUCACCACCUCCCGGAGCCACACCGGCGUGGAUUCUCCUCGGCCGCCGCCCCAGCAGACGAGGUCGAUGCUGCUGCGGGCGUCCUCGCCGACGCGGCCGCGGCGGCGGCGGCGGCGGAUGCUGUGCCGGCGCCAUUCCCGGGGGAGGUGGCCGCCGCGGCCGUUGACUCGUUCUUCCCCGUCGCGGUGCUGCAGCACAUGAUCGACGCCGUCCAUACAUUCACCGGGCUGAACUGGUGGGCUUGUAUUGCCCUGACGACAGUGCUGAUCCGGAGCGCGACCGUACCGCUGCUGGUGAAGCAGUUGAAGGCUACACAGAAACUAAGUGCAAUAAGGCCAGAGAUGGAAGCCAUUCAAAGUGAAAUGAAUGCAAUGGAUCCAAAAUCAGCGCAGGAGGGGAAAGUUAAAAUGACUGCACUUUUUCGAAAGAAUGGUGUUAGUCCAUUUACUCCACUUAAAGGAAUGCUGAUCCAAGCGCCAAUAUUUAUGAGUUUUUUCUUUGCUAUAAGAAACAUGGUUGAUAAAGUUCCAUCGAUGAAAGGAGGAGGAGCACUUUGGUUUACUGAUCUGACAACACCGGAUGCUCUUUAUAUCUUUCCAGUUUUAACGGGAUUGAUCUUCUGGGUGUCAGUUGAGCUUAACUUGCAAGAAGGAAUGGAGGCAAAUCCUAUGGCUAAUAAAAUGAAGAGCUUCUCUAGAGUAAUGGCUAUUUUGACAGUUCCGUUCACAAUGAAUUUUGCCAAGGGAGUUUUCUGUUACUGGAUUACAUCAAACUUGUUCUCUCUCACAUAUGGUAUUGUUAUCCGGCGACCGACUGUGAGGAAAUUUUUUGAGCUUCCUGCUUUGCAAGCUAAUUCUGCAUCUGCAGGGAAGCAAAUGUUCAAUCUGUUUGGUGGAUCCAAGGCACUACCUGCAGCAGAGUCACCCGUAGCAAUCACAGGAGGCCCGCGAUCUAGUUUGGAAAAGCCUGAUGCUGCUGCUCUGGGCUAUCGGGUCAAAAAUCUUGAGAAGAAGGUAAAGUCCAGAGGCAAAUCUCGGAGACGCCGGUAAAUUGUCAGCACUCUAGAGACUAGAUGAGCAAACUGUACUUUUGCGUUUUGGUCAGGGGAGAUUUAACUUGUGUGUUGGUAAGAUUUGAUUUUCCUUCUCGCUCAUACGAGGCUGGCGUUGCUUUUUUGGGGUGAAUAAGCCAGAUUAGUUUUGAUACACAGAAUAGCUUAUACACAAAUGUAACUUUGAGUUAUUGAGUACUACAUUUUACAAGAUCGACUUUGCUGUUCGUUUCCAAGAAUUUAGGUGAGACUAGAUGUUUCCUUCCACUGCUGUGACACCAGUGGUUUGGAUCAUUUGCCUAGAUUUUUUAUGAUUACAACUUCUGUAUCUUGGCCUGCCAACAUAUGUGGAGGUCCUAUUCAUGAUGGGCAAGUAUGGCUUAAUAAAGGGCUGUACAGCAGCUGUGAGCCUGAAUAAAAAGGCCAACAGGGCGAUGUCUGUCACGCU